GAUACUUUUAAUGCACAUCACAAGCGAAUAGCUGUUCGCAUGUUUGAUCACAAGCACACUAACGUUUGCAUUAUUGUACCCUUUAAACACGAAUACCUCUCUUCUAGUGCACAAAGAUGAUUUGGGAGAGAGAGUGCAGGAAUGUAUGCAUUAUUUUGCUGCAUGUGGUAAAUCACGAUCGCUGAGAAUAUACUAUGUAAACAAAAUAAAAACAUGUCACAGAUACUGGCACGCUUUACAAUUCGAUGUAUUAGCAUUGGAAAUAGAAAAAAGCGAUGAUCAGUGCGGCACAACGAAGUUGAUGAACAGCGAACAUGUUAAGAUGUGCAAGGUACAGGCACGUUUGGACGGAUUCUGCGAUGGUGUAGACGUUUCGUUUCUACUUACACCAUGUAAAGGUAGCUGUUCGAACGGUCGUCAGAGUUCCUACGUGCCAGUGGUAUAACAAACCAUUCGACAGCGCAGUUAAAAAAACAUUAGUUCGGGAACUUCAAACGAAAGCCCUGCGUACAGUAGCUAAACGAUAAACAAUUGUACAUCUUCAAUAUUUUGUGUGAUAGGUGUCAUGAGAGAACAUUUUAUUGAUAGUUACCCUUUAGCUAACUGGAAUAUUCGAUUGAGUGUUUACUUAUCGUGUAGUGACUUGCACGGUAGAUACGGAUGCAGCUAUGUUUGAGUUAUACAACAUUGCUUGUCGUCAUAGUCAUCUCUAUUGGUGUUGGUUGACUAUGCGUGCUAGGGCUGAGCUAGAUUAUUUAUAGUCCCGAGAUGUAUGUUUCCCACACACUUCCUCAACCACUUACCAAAACUUAAAUUCUUUUCCCUGAAUCUUGGAAUAAAAGCACAUUUACUUGGUCGUAUAUUAUUGGAAUAGCAUUUGAUAGCUAUUAAAUUAAAUUAUUUGCUUUCUUUGUAUUUUUCGACUCCAUUUUACAUUUACGGAUUGUUGUACAGCUAAAAAAUGAUCCAGAGUAAUGGUUGAACACGUUUAUGAGUUAUGUGCACGUGAUAAACGUCGGUACAAAUGCAAUGUGAAACUACUGUGCAUCAUCCGUUCGUUAUUGCUCGAAUAUACAAUACAUGAAACAAGUUAGGCCUUACAUCAUGGGUACACAUUUAAUCUUUUAUAAGAAAGAAAUGUAGUGAUUUAUAAAUUAAAUUUGAAGGCGAAAUUAAAUUAACCUGAUUUACACACAAAAGAGUGAUCAUGUUUCGCGACACGUUUUGUUGGGAAGAAAGGGUGACAGUUUUAACUGAAUAUGCAACUUUGAUGAAAAAGGAUCAUGUUACGCCCGAAUGAUUCAUGUGCACAUUCUGACACGCGCAUUGUGUCACGCGCCUGAAGGCGCCACCACUGAGGCUAGUAGAAAAUUGUAAACAUUCAUGUUCAUAAGGCUUUUUUUGUCCGUAGGUGCGUCGUAUGCAUUUUACAGCAAUUAUAUGGACGUUAUUUAUCUAUUGCCUUGCCAUUUAAUUGCAACAAUAUUACAAUGCAAUUCCAUCCCACAUACGUACGUUAUGCUUCGUAGAACGUUUUGAACAUGGUAUUGAAAAGGUUAUUAAUAAUUGUAAUUUUGUGCUGGUAAAUGGAUGCUAGAGCAACAUUUGUGCCAUACUAAAUGCGAAUAGUGAAUCCUUGAGAUUCAGGAUAUUUGCUGUCUAGUGUCCCGGGGACCCUGUGUUAUUUACAAAAGAUCAAGAUUGAAGUUUACUGCCGGCUUUGUAAACAUGAUAUAGAAUUCUAAACAGUCAAAAGUGGUGAUUGUACUUCUAGCAGUGCGCUGGAAAUGUGAUUGACACCAUGAUUGAUAGAGCGCUUAUCAAUCGUUUCCCAUUGAUGGUGUACAAUAUUCAAACAAGGAUGCCCAAUACGAACGGAGAAUGGUGUUAAGUAUGUGCGUGAUAACCAUUUUCACUGUUCACUGUACUCAUACAUGAAGACGACCGAUUGAAGAUCGAUCUUCACACCCGUUUCUGUGGCUAAAUAGACGCAGUCAAUCGGUAGAACUCUAGUGGUCUCUUACCUCAGGUGACAGGAUUUAGCAGCGCUAUUAGUAGAAAUCAGCAGACUAGUUUGCACUAUACAACAGUGACUGUAUGUAAAUGACUGCGGCAAAAUGUCUUUUGCUCAGUUUGUCUACGAAUGUACUCAAGUGAUUCACUCAACCUUCUUGUCCUUUAAGCUUUCGUAGAAUUUGUACAAGAAGCGUUUUGAUAUGUUUGAGUACGAUAGAUGGUAGUUUUGGUUGACUUUGAAUUUGAGUAUACAUUGUUUCACUCGGUGUGUGUUAACUAUUUCGACUUAUAUCAUCAGUGAAAAUAAAAAUGUGUAAAAUUCGAUUACCAGAUAAUAGAGUAUUGAUGAAAUGGUCGUAAACUAUGACAAAUAAGUCUAGCUUUGAGGUUUGUUUUGAAUGUUCUGAAAAAAAAUAUGUGCAUAUUAGUGAUGCAAAUAUCUGUGACGAAAGAUAGAGCCAGAGAGCCUCGAUAGUGCAAUAUGCGCAGCAAACUUUGUAUUGUGAUAAUCAAACGAAACUAGUGGAAGCGAAUUCAAAAAUUUUGAAAACCAGUACCCUGUAACAGUACAUUUUAUCAACAAAAUGGUGGCCAAAACGCCAGAGGGUAUAUCGUUGGAAAAUCUCUGUAAAAGAGCAUCGGUUUACAUAGAUCCAGAUUGUGACUUAUAUUUGGAGCUCCAGUACAUACAAUCGUCCAAACUUGCCAAAUGCUCUUGUUUCAAUGUGCAGUUGCUGACAUCCAAAGGGAAGAAACCAAAUUUGAAAACUUUUCAAGACGUUCAUGCUCUGAUUCAGCAAGGAAAAAAGCGAGAAACCAAGAUAGUGCUAAGAGAAAAUUCAUGGCCUACCAAUUCACCGAUACGCUCUCAAUUAUGGCCAGCAUUGUGCGCGCAGCAUCACGUUGGCAAGACAAUGUUGGACGGGUUCUAUUGGGACAUGGUGAAUCAGGUAUUCGGUACGACCGAGCUUCCCGAAAAACCCAUCAUGUUGCCACCUUUUGUCGAUUCCACGCACUGUCUACCGUAUCAUCUGACGCGGAAAGGUCGCGCUGUGGCUGAUCGAGUUGUUAGCGUCCUUGGCUACGCCUGUCCUGACAUUACCUACAGUCCAACGCUAUAUCCUAUUACCUCAAUUUUGUUACACUUUAUGUCAGAAGAGGAAUGUUACCAUUGUAUGGCAAGUUUGGUUGCUCCAAAAGAAAAGGUGUUUAUAACACAAACAAAGUUACUGUAUGAAGUCACUUGGAAGACUGUGAUGCAAAUAGCCAAAAAACAUGCGAAAUCUGCCGUAAGCUAUCUUUCAACCAUAUGCAACGGACAGAAGCCGGAAUCCCUCUUCAUGGAUUGGUGCUGGUGGAUACUUGGAGGACUACCUUUUCCUCAUCUCGUUCGAGUGAUGGAUUGCUUUUUUCACGAAGGAAUAAAAGUAUUCUAUCGUGUAUCUUUAGCAAUUCUAAUUUUAUUUCACAAGCAUGCAUCAACCAACAGUUCCGAUUGGGAUGCCGAUGCGAUUAAAAAUGAUAUCGAUAAUGCGCUCCCAAAGUUCUGUAAGCAUAUACCUGUUUCGCCGACGAAACUAUUACGAACGGCUUUUAGUAUAAGAGCUCUUAGUUCUACCUACAUAUCUAGAGUUUUUUUAAAGACUGAAAUGCUACUAAAGAGUAAGUCUGUUCUUAGUGGAACAAAACAAAUGGUAAGAUCUCGUUCUAGCGAUAAUUUACCAACAAGUCAAUCCCAGAUCAACGUACAAAUGAUGUCCCACACCUUAACAAUAAGAGAGGGUGCUCACUCUCCUGAUGUGCGAGUUUUAUCGAUGGGGGUUUUCCCCAUUCAAGCAAUAAAAACUAAUGUUUGUGAUCAGGAUACUCUAUUUACUCUAUGGUCUUGGCUGCCCGUAAGAAUUACGAUGUAUCAACCAGUGUUGCUAUACACAACAGAAGAACAUGGAUGCUCCUUGACAACGUUUUAUGUACGAGUUGAACAACAUGAGCCAACACUUCUUAUGAUUAAAACUUGCAACAACGAAGUGUUCGGUGCUUAUUGUUCGUCAAGAUGGUAUGAACGCAACUUGAAAGAUGAUCGCGGCCAGCGUCAAGCUUACUUUGGCACCGGUGAAACGUUUCUGUUUUCACUGUAUCCUGAACGAGCAAAGUAUCCGUGGGUCGGUAUAGAAGGGGACACGGGGCUCGGACACGCCUCUGAGUUAUUCAUGGCUGCAGAUUCAAAAAUGAUAACUAUCGGAGGAGGAGAGGGGCAGGCCAUAUGGAUGGAUGAAAAUAUACGAUUCGGUAAGACCGAUCGGUGCCAAACCUUCAAUAAUCCGCCACUUUGCGCUUCGGGUGAUUUCGAAAUUCGCGUGCUCGAAGUUUAUGGUUUUGUGGGUGCAUAAAACUUUGAAAGGAGCAAAAACGGUAAAUCGCCUGUGCGCCGAGUUGACUUAUUGUGUACAUCAGUAAUAAUUAGUAAACACAUUGUAAAUCUACAAGCAACUUUAAAUUAUCCAUUUACUUGCGAUUUAGACCUUGAGAAGAGAGCAAUGUUUUCCAACACUAAAUUUAUACAACAUUCUGAUCAAACAUUAUGUUGAUAUGGAACGAAUGAUGUGUCUGAUUAGACGAUUAUGUUAAGCGAAUCCUAGAACAUAUCUUGUUCUGGUUUGCUGUAUAGUUAGUUGGGUGAAAACACUCUUGACACCCGUGAGGUAGGGUACGUUUUGCUUGAUGGAACAUUUUUAAGGGAACUUGUGGAUUACAACGCAUUUCACAUGAAGAAAACUCGUUCAUAGCCAUUCAUAAUUGAUUAAUCAGUUCAUCAGAAUUUAUAGACACCAUCUGAGAACCAUCACCAUCAGAAUUGUGGUUGCAUAACCAAAACAUUAAUAAAAAAGCUAGAUGGUAUAAUCGUAAGGCUGAGACUCACUUCUCUGUAGCUAACAGUUAUCAGUUCUACGUCUCUAUUAUGAGAGCUCGGAAAGAUAUGAUUUUGUGCAAUGAGCAUGUUUCCUUUAUACAUCGAAACAAACUAUAGUAUUUUUUGACAAAUAGUUUUGCCAACAGUGUAAGUCAUAUCUAAUGUGUUUGAUAGUGAAAUGUGUAUUUAGAUAAACCUCAAAUAGAAUGACUUGAUACAACGAAUGUGCAGCGAUUUGAAUGAUAAAAUAUACAGCGAUUUAAAUGACGAAACGUAUAUAAUACUAAAUUCCUUGCUUAAAUAAAUUGCCAUAAUCAGUGCACAAUCACUAUAGAAGCAACUUGAUGCACAUAUAAUUCAUCCCAUACUUGUAGAAAGGUUUACUGAACAUUAACGCAGAAGAUUUAAAAUCUUUACACGAGCCCAUUCGAAAUCUGAAGCACGGCAUAUAACAAAACAUUCCAUUUGGAAAAUAUGUAAAUUUCUUGACAAACGAGGAGGUACUAUUGAGUAAUGCCAGUCCUGAUCACUGAAAUAUAAAUUCUGUACAACGUUUUGCCUGCUAUUGGAUACAAUUGAUGUUAAAUGUCGCUUCGCGUCUUGCAUGCAUACCACUUGCAUAAUAGACAUAAUAUUGUUAUUGAAUAUUGAAAUAUUUAAAUUGUUCAAUGGAUUUUUUAAAUACUCUGAAUUAGUGAUUAUAGCGUCGUCGUUGUUUAUUUCAUAAUCCUUGCAACAUAACAUUUCUAAGUGUUUCAUGUGAAUUGCUGCUUAUUGCUUAAACCAAACGGUAUCUAGGAAAGAUUGUUGCCUCCCACCAUGCAUGAAUGGACUAAAUACCAAAAGUUACAUGAUGAGGGUGAAAUAGUGAACAAGUGUCUCAUCUACAGUUUCAUCCUGGAUCACGCAUAACAAAAGAGUAUCUUAUGAACAAAUGUCAAAAAGUCGUAAUAAUCUAAGGACGAUUUGUGUGUACUGUUACAAUUAGUCUGAUGCAUAAUAUUCUGCAAUAUCAAAUAAUAGCGUGUGAUAAAGUUAUGUUAUGUUCAGCUAGAUUUUCAAUGAUUUGCUCUGUUGACAUCCAUAAAAUCAUAUGUGUGUGUUAUUAUCAUGACCAAACCAGCAGAAGAUACAACAUGCAACAGGAUCCUUGCUCCAUGCUUAUCAGAUGUGUACAGCGAAGUUAUGGAUAUGAACUUACAGAUGACAGACGCUUUUAAAUUAUGACAUUUUGGCUUCAAGCAAUUAGAAAUAAGAAAUAAUGUUGCGGCCAUGAGCAAUACGAACAAUUUGUAGGAUAUAUCGAAUGAAUGCUUAGCGAGUCCGAAAUACACCCUUUAGUUUUGACAUAACCAAAUUAAAUUAGAAUUUCUAACCAAAAUAUGAAAGAUGUUACUUUUUGCUGGAACAUGUUGGAUUCACAAAGUCGGUAUCAAAUGCAGGAAGAAACUGCGUAGAGAAUUGUGAUGGCAUGUAAUGUACUUUAGGUUAAUAAUGAAACGUUUAUAAUUUACGAAACGGCUAUCAAUGUUACAUUUUGUGUUACCGUGGAAGUUGCCUUUAGUUUACAAAAUUAUUUGAAAAUAUUAUUUAUAAAUUACUUUGGCUUGUAGUGCAAAGAGAUAUCGGCGAUUCGUCAUGAAAAUAUGAUAAAGCAAAACAUAUUAAACGAAUUAAUAUAACGUUUA